GCGGGCCGGGCGCUUAGCCCCGCCCCCAGAGGAGGCGGGAGAGGAGCGGGAGCCCGAGCGCCGGCUGGGCCCGGCCGCAGCUCCCGCCGCCGGCUUCGUGCUGCGGUGCCUUCUCCGGGCGGCCGGGCCCGCCCAACCCCCGCCAUGCGGCCCGCGGGGCUCCGCAGGACAGCGCCGCUCGCCGCGGUCGCCCUCUUGGUGCUGGGGGCGCCCCUGGCGCUGGCCGGCGAGGACUGCCUGUGGUACCUGGACCGGAAUGGCUCCUGGCAUCCGGGCUUUGACUGUGAGUUCUUCACCUUCUGCUGCGGGACCUGCUACCACCGGUACUGCUGCAGGGACCUGACCUUGCUCAUCACCGAGAGGCAGCAGAAGCACUGCCUGGCCUUCAGUCCCAAGACCAUAGCAGGCAUCGCCUCCGCUGUGAUCCUCUUCGUUGCUGUGGUUGCUACCACCAUCUGCUGCUUCCUCUGCUCCUGUUGCUACCUGUACCGCCGUCGCCAGCAGCUCCAGAGCCCAUUCGAAGGCCAAGAGAUUCCGAUGACAGGCAUCCCGGUGCAGCCAGUAUAUCCAUACCCCCAGGACCCCAAAGCUGGCCCUGCACCCCCACAGCCUGGCUUCAUGUACCCACCUAGUGGUCCUGCUCCCCAGUAUCCACUCUACCCAGCUGGGCCCCCGAUCUACAACCCCGCAGCUCCUCCCCCAUAUAUGCCACCACAGUCCUCUCACCCAGGAGCCUGAGGAACCAGCAUAUCUCUGCUGCCCCUUCAGUGAUGCCAACCUUGGGAGAUGGCCCCAUUUUGUACCUGCAUCUGACCUUGGGGGUGGGCAGGGGUCUUCUAGUCACCAGGUCCCAGACUAAGCCAAGCCCUGGGCCCUGCUGAGGGCAGAGCCCCAGGGAUGUGGAACAGGAGCUGAGCUGGAACUAGACCUAUGAAUGAGGGGUGGGUGGGGAGGGUUUGACACUGGUAGGUUACUUUUACUGGGGGCAAGGGAGGGAAAUAACAGCCUGGGUCACAGCCCCUACUUUCAAAUAGUCCCUUUACUCCCAGAAUCCCAGCCGGGUAGGCUGGGGGCCCUCCUAUUUACCCACUCUGGCUAGGGUGGGGAGAGGGAGGGGACUCCAUGAACAGCGGGCAGUAGCCCUCCUCUCUGGCUGCCCUACUGGCCAGGGCUCCAGCCUGCUGGAUUAAAGCUGUAAAGAUGUAA